AUGGAAGUAAAAAUGGGAUUGUACAAGACAAUAGAGAAAAUGUAUCCCGAUCUUUCAACAAUAAUAAAUAUUGGUCAACAAUUAGAAAAGUUUAAGAAAGCGGAGGGAUUAUUUGGCAUGAGCAUGGCUAUUUUAACGAGAGAAAAAGGAGCAACCUGUUAUGGGGAAGAAUGCAAAGAGCUUCAAAAUCUUGCAAUUCGGGUUCUAAGCCUUACAUGUAGCACCACAGGAUGCAAAAGAAAUUGGAGUACAUUUGAGUAUGAGCAUUCCAAAAAGGGAAACCGUUUGGAGCAACAAAGAUUAAAUGCUCUUGUGUUUGUCAAGUACAACAUUCAACUUGAAUUAAGACAAGAAAAAAGGGAGAAAAAAGAUGAGACAUAUGAUCCAAUUUGUUUGAUUGAUAUGGAGUCGGAUGAUGAGUGGAUCACCGAAGUAGAAGACGCUUGUUUACCCCAAGACAAUUCAUGGAUGGAUAUGAAUGAAUGUUUUGAAGAUGAUGGAGGGCUUGGAUCGAAUAACAAAAGAAAACGAGGACCAAGAAACUUAAAACUUGAUAGGAAAAGAAAAGGAAAAGCCCUUGUAGAUGAAGAGGAGGUAGAGGAGGCAGAUGAUGAUGAAGAAGCUAAUACAGAGGAAGAGGAGCAAGAAGAUGUUAUGGUAGAAGAUGAUGAUGAUGCUGACGAUGAUGACGAUGAAGGGUUACAAAUUUGA